AUGUCCAAAAGAUACAGUCUUCUUCUACUUGGUGACGUGAUGAUUGGCCGUCUCAUCGAUGCUCUGCUGCCCACCAGCAUAGCUCGGCAAUCGCCGCAUUCUGACCCUGAAUCGGCUGCAUGGACAGUUGACAAACACAUUCUUCCACGUUCUCCCCAACUCGAAUCAUACAAUUACCUAUCACCGUGGGGCAAUAGUGUGGAGUUGAUCCGAAAGUCAGACCUUGUGCUUGCAAAUCUCGAAACAGCUGUGACGACCAGCGAGAAGAAGUGGCCGAGUAAAGUGUUCAACUACCGCACUCAUCCUGGGAACGUCCAGUGCUUGACAGAGGUCGGCCUGGGUGGUGGGAAUGGAAGAGGCUAUGUAAGCCUGGCGAACAACCACACGCUCGACUGGUCCGUUGAGGGUUUGCAAGAAACUGUCCAAACGUUGAUUGACAAUGGCGUAGAGUUUGCAGGAGCUGGGAGGACGAAAGAAGAGGCGGCCAGACCCGCCACACUGUCGCUCGGAGGAGCAGACGGAUGGCAUGUCAAGUGCUGGAGUUUUGCAGAUCAUCCGAGCGAGUGGGGGGCCGUGGACGCCUUCAACUUAGUCGACUACACGGGAAAAGGGAGGGACACGAUAAGAGAACAGCUCCUGGCGAAAGAUCAUAGGGAGGAGCCAGGAAAGUUAGGCUUGAAAGUUGUGUCGAUGCACUGGGGUCCAAACUAUCGGUGGCAUCCCGCAAAGGAGAUUGUCGACCUGGCGCAUUGGAUGAUUGAUGAGUGCGGAGUGGACAUAAUCCACGGGCACAGCAGCCACCAUGUUCAGGGCGUGGAGAUAUACAAAGAGAAGCUGGUGGUUUAUGGAUGCGGAGACUUUGUGGAUGAUUAUGCGGUUGAUCCCAAAUUCAGAAACGACUUGAGUGCGGCAUGGAAGAUUUCCGUUGGCGAGAGGACAGAAAAGAAGGCGGGAGAAAGCGAGCUCGAGGUAAAGAGGCUCGAGGUCUAUCCCAAUAGAAUCGAGCGGUUCCAGGCACACCUACUGAAAGAAGGCGACCCAGAUCAUGAAUGGGUGGAGCAUACCUUCAGGAGACUGUGUCAUGAGUUUGGAACCCAAGUUGAGAAGGGUUUGGGAGAUGAAGGGCAGAUCGUUGUCCACGUCAAGACCUAG